AUGGACGCCGUACCUCUAACAUACAGGCGGCCGUCGUAUGUAUCCAUAGACAGUAUCAAGAGGAAAACAACGUCGUCCUCGGCCGAGCACGAGAAGGCGUCCCUUCGAUCUGGCGUCUCUAGCGUCUCGAAAGGGAUCCCUGAUGCCCUGUCGUUCGAUAGGAUCCUGCGAGGAGAGACUUGCCAGCCUAUGACUUUGGUUGACUUCAUGGACUAUCUCAUGUAUGUUGAGCACUCGGCCGAGAACUUGCAGUUCUAUUUGUGGCAUCAAGACUAUGUCAGACGCUUCAACAAGGCCGACACGUCGGACCUGGUCAUGGCACCCGAGUGGACCCAAGCCAUGGAGGAUGAAAUCAACACCAAAUUACGGAAGGAGGCAUCGGAGGCUUGCCGACAGCAUACCGGAGCAGGUGCAGAUAUGUUUAAGGGUACCUAUUUCGAGGUGAAGACCGUCGACACCAUGGGGGUCAGCAACAAAUCCCUCUCCACUCCUCCAUCAACGGCCACCUGUAGCAACCAUGACGACGAAGCAUCGACAUACUCCUUUAGAAACCCGUUCUCCAUUGCAUCUACUACUCGCACUCAGCUCAGCGAUGACUUUGCCGCCGCGGGAGCCCAUACGCCUUUCACUGUUCAGCCGUACCGCGAGGAAGUCAAUCGCAUCAUCGCCACGUACAUCAUGGAAGGCGCGCCGAGACAGCUCAACCUCUCAGGCCAGGAGCGAAAGGCUCUGCUGCACGCCCUCUCUUACACCACGCACCCUAGUACUUUCCGAACCGUCUUUAGGACCGUCGAUAAUACCCUCCGCCGCCAGAGCCAUCCCAAUUUCGUUCGGUGGUCCGCCUUCAACGGCAAUCCGCCUCGCAUUACCUUUGCCUCCACUCUAGGCUACGGUGGUGUUCUCAUGGCCUUCACCAUCGCUAUACUAGUAACCCUAAGUCGCGCCGACCGUGGAUGGCGUGCCUUUGCCGCACUGGGCUGGGUUGUCGGCAUAUGGGCUGUUGUGGCUAGUCACCGCGGCAUGUGCAUCUACCCGGACGACGAGACGAGCACAUCGGCGGCCUCUCGGCACAAGCGCUCGUUUGACUCGUUUGGCUCUGGUAACAGCUUCGAAGAGGAGCCUUGGGUAGUGCGGUACGAGCAGCGCAGUCUCGUGCGCAAGAUCUUUGAUCGCGAAGAAUCGAUCCAUGAGCCGGCUCUGAGACAAAUCCAUACUGUUAUAAUGCUACAAUCGGCUAUGGCUGGCAUCCUCGCCGGCGGAGCUCUGACGGUCAUAUUCGUCGCUCUGCCGGCUGGCAACUUUUUCUGA